AAGGAAUUGGCCGAGAGAUAAAGGAUGCAUUGUUGCUCCGAUGGAGACUGGGGGACUAGGAACAAACUAAAACAUAACAAAAACAUACUGCACUAUCAGUCGAGGGUGCAGUUAGGAAGGAGACUGGUUCUGGAAGAUUCCGUGAUAAGUCCUUCUGGAUCAUGACGCAUCUGGGAUACAUCGUUUCCAUCGGCCUUCUUCUGUUCACUGUGGUGGAUUGUCAGCGGCGACCGGUCAGACCCAAGCCUCCUCGGAUUAAGCCUCCAAAGCCACCUAAACCUCCCAAGCCCCCAAAACCGACAAAGCCCAUGGUCACUGAACCCGUGGAACCAAACCACCUUACAACGCUGCCACCACCGCUCCCUCCAGGUCCAAUGUCAGUCUUCCCAGACUGCCCAAGGGAGUGCCUGUGUCCGCCUGACCACCCCAACGCACUCUACUGCGACAGCCGGAAUCUAAGAGUGGUCCCCAUUAUUCCGCCUCGGAUCGAAUACCUUUACCUCCAAAAUAACUUCAUUGAAUCCUUGCCAGAACGUUCCUUCCGGAAUGCAACUGGUCUCAAAUGGAUUAACCUGGACAAUAAUAGGAUUUCAAAUCAGAAACUGGACAAGGAUCUCUUUAACAUUCUGAACAAGGUUCUCUUCUUGUACAUGGAUAGAAAUAGGUUGGAUGAAGUUCCCACAAACCUCCCAGCUAGUCUGGAGCAACUUCGGCUUGCCAGGAAUCAAAUCUCCAAGAUCCCGUCCGGCAGUUUCAGCAAGUUGGAGAACCUGACCCUGUUAGACCUUCACCACAACAAGCUGCUGGACAACGUCUUCAACAAGAACACCUUCAAAGGUCUCAAGAGCCUCAUGCAGCUCAAUCUGGCUCAUAAUUCCUUGAGGAAGAUGCCCCCAACUGUGCCUCCACACAUAUUCCAACUGUUUUUGGAUAAAAAUCGGAUCAGCCAAAUCCCCAAUAACUACUUCAAGAACUUGCACCAGUUGACAUUUUUGAGGUUGAAUUUCAACCAAUUGACAGACAAAGGAAUUCCCAAUGGCACCUUUAAUGUGUCAACUCUCCUUGAUCUCCACCUCUCCAACAACAAACUCAAUUCCAUACCAACCUUUAACCCAAAGCUUGAGCACCUCUACCUCAGCUACAACCAGAUAGCAAGAAUCAAUGGAACCGAAAUCUGCCCAAGUCCCCUCAGUAGCAUUGCUUUACGGGCUCAUGACCUGGAGGCCAUUCCACGUCUUCGAUACCUGCGUCUGGACGGCAAUGCGCUGGCGCCCCCGAUACCAAUAGACUUCAUGAUGUGUUUCAGACUCCUCCAGGCAAUAGUGAUUUGAAGACAAUGUCCUUGCAAAUUCACCUCCCCCUUUUUAAACGGUGACCAUUUUUAUAUGGGACUGUUAGUCCAAUCAUUUUCCCUUCUGAUUCUGGUUGUAAUUGUACGAAAUGUUCAGACACAAAAGUCCUGCAGAAGAAUUUCCUUCCUCUUAGAAUUUGGGUGCAAAAAGCUUAAAUUAACCCAAGUAAGACAACUGUGCACACGUAUACAUAAAUGUACAUAUGUGUAUACACACACACACACACAAACAAAUACGCCCUGCACACAUGCAUACAUGACCACACAUGCACACAUAAUCCUCAUGCACGUUACACACACACACACACACACACACACACACACACACACACACACACACACACACACACACACACACACACACACACACACACACACCACAGUGCACAAGUCCCUCAGCUUCCCUGAACAGAUGAAAAAAUGAGUUCCCUCCUCAGAUCGUACCAUCUUUGUGAAGAAACAAAAAACAAACCUUAGCUUUAACAUGCGGAGAAAAGCUUUGAAAUGUGUGAACUUUGCAUCUCUUGAGCAGUUACCCUGCCUGAUAUUGAAUGCUCCUGCCAUGAGUGUGUUUGGGUCUGAUUGCGUUUUUUUUAAGUGAUCGGGCAACGACUUCUGUGUUUGUUCCUGCUGUUGGUGAGACAAGACAAAUGCACUUGCUCAAAGAUUGAACUGCCGGCCAGGUCAGCCUGAGCAGCUCCUUUCAGUCAGCAUGGAAUGGUUUGGAAAUCGCUGCUGCAAUUUCUCCCUACAAUUUGUUACCUGUUUGUACUUAACUUUCAAUUCAAAAAUGAGAGCUUAAUGGACUUCCAUGUGAACUCAAAUAGAGGGUAGUUGUUCUGUGGCCAUCAGCAGGUCUUGAAUGUUGUUACUGCCUCACAUCUCCGAUCCCAACCUUUGGUACUGUCUGUGUGGAGUUUGCAUGUUCUCCCCGUGACCACUUGGGUUUCCUCUGGGUGUCAUAGAGUCAUAAAGUCAGACUAAUACAACACAGAAACAGGCCCUUUGGCCCAAUUGGUCCAUGCCGACCAAGAUGUCCCAUCCAAGCCAGUCCCAUUUGCCAGCGCUUGGCCCAUAACUUUCUAAACCUUUCCAAUCCAUGGACCUGUCCAACUGUCUUUUAAAAGUUGUUAUUGUCCCUGCCUCAACCGCUUCCUCUGGCAGCUCGUUCCACAUGGAUACCAACUUCUGUGUAAAAAAGUUGCCCCUCAAGUUCCUAUUAAAUCUCUCCCCUCUCACCUUAAACCUAUGCCCUCUAGUUCUUGAUUCCCCAACGCUGGGAAAAAGACUGAGUGCAUUCACCCUAUCUAUGCCCCUCAUAAUUUUAUACACAUCACCUCUCAGUCUCCUACCCUCCAAAGAAUAAAGUCCCAGCCUGUCCAAUCUCUCUCUAUAACUUAAACCCUCAAGUCCUGGCAACAUCCUUGUAAAUCUUUUCUGCACUCUUUCCAGUUUAGUAACAUCUUUCCCAUAGCAGGGUGACCAAAACUGAACACAGUACUUCAAGUGCGGCCUCACUAACGUCCUGUACAACUUCACCCCCCAACGUUUAUACUCAAUGCCCACAUCCCACAUCCCAUGGGAUGUUUCUUCCCACAUCCCAAAGAUGUGUGGGUUGGAACGUUGAUUGGCUGCUGUAAAUCACCCCUUUGUGUAGGCAAAAGACAAAAAGUAGAGUCAUGGAGUCAUAGAGCAAUACAGCAUGGAUACAGGCCCUUCCCCAGCAUAGGGGAAUCUAAAACUAGGGGUCAUAGGUCUAGGGUAAGAGGGAUAAUAUUUAAAAGGGAUCUGAGGGGCAACCUUUUCACUCAGAUGGUGGUGAGUGUGAGCUGUCAGAGGAAGCAGUGAGGUAGGUACAAUAAUAUCAUCUUAUCUAUGCCUCUCAUAAUUUUAAACAUUUAUAGGUCGCUCCUCAUUCUCUUAUGUUCCAAGGAAUAAAGGUGUAGCCUGGCCAACCUCUCCCUAUAACUCAGGCACAGUUGGGGGGCAUCUGUGAGAGGGAGUAAGUUGCAGUGGAACAGAGAAAUAGGACAAGGGGAAUGCGAUUGGUGCUCAGGAGCUGGCAUUUACCUGAUGGGCCAAAUGGCCUCUUUCUGUGUCAUUAUAAGAUAUAAUACCUUCUGUCCCUCUGAAGAAUUUUUUAUCAUUGUGGAAAGUUUGCUCUGUGCAGUCUUGCCCUUUACACCAGAUUAAUAGUUUAUAGAUUGACUAGAAAGGCCAUCAUUCUCUGUACAGACUGAUGAAUCUGACCAGAUUUUGAAAUGAUUAAAUAAUUACUUUUGUUUCUUCUUGGCAGUCAGCAGAGUUGAAGUAAGAUUAAGAAACAAAUGAAAACAGAUGUUAAGUAUCACUUCCAUAAUUCAUCAGUGUGGUAUUCAGAGGGGAAACUGGAAAUUAAUGCUGGUUGAAAUUCAAUCUCAUUAAACUGGGUCUGUUCUACAUCAGAGUCACAGAGUUAUAGAGUUGUACAGCAUAGAAACAGGCCAUUCAGCCCACCAUGUCCAUACUGAUCUUUCUGCCUAUCUAGAUGAAUCCCAUUUGCCUGCAUUAGGAUCGUAUCCUUUCACGCAUUGUUCUUGAUUGCCUCAGAUAAUUUAGUUAAAGUCCUCCUGCUUUCCUCAGUUUCUGGACACAGGUUAGUGGUGCCUUGGUGCCCACAACGUCUCUAACCUAAGCACAGACUUCACAAAACAGCGCACACCCUUCAGACUCGUGUUGAGGGAAAUAACAGCAGAAAAUGUUGGGAGCACUCGGCAGGUCAGGCAGCAUCCGUGGAGGGAGAAACAGAGCUAAAAUUUCGGGUCCGAGAUCCUUCAUCGGAACCCAAGGCGAAAGGAACAGGUGGAACUACUGUUGGAGAACAGAGGGGAACGUCUUCAAAGCUGACAUUCCUGGAAGAGAAACGAGAGUGAAUUGCACAGCAAAUGUUUUUAUUUAAGAUUUUUAGUUUUUACUGAUUUUCAUUUACUAUUGAUGAGGGUAUGUCGGAACAGGGGGUGGCUACUUAACCAUUCCACCAUUCAUUAAGGUCAGGGUUGAUGUGUGAGCGUGAUCCAUAGACCUGCCAUAUCUCCCAUCCCUUAAAACCACUGGUUAACAAAACCACUAACUGUAGAUAUAACAUUAACCAUUGACUUAGCAUUCAUUGACCUUUAAAUUAAAAGUUCCUGUUACUUGCAUGACAAAGUACUUUCUUCCUGAAAUGCCUGGCUCUGAAUUUUAGAAUCUGCCCCCACCAUCCCAAAGUCACUGACCUGCAAGAAUAAUUUCUCUCCCCUUGUCAAUUCCCUUAAAUGUCUUGAAUAUUUCAUCCAAAUCACCCCUUGACCCUUAAUACAACCCUCAUAAGAAUGCAACGCCUUCUCACGAUGUAACCCGAAGAGACUGGGUGCCUUUGUGGUAAAUCUACUCUGUACCCUCUCCAAUAUAUCCUUCAUGCAGUGUGAUGCACUAAAAUGCUCCAGCUGAGGUUGAACCAGCUGCUGGUUGAGCAGUAAGUUAAGCUCAAUCCCCCAGCUGUGAGCAGGAUAGAGAUACGUUACACAGCUGGGAUCUCCCUGUGGCCAGCUAUUUGAAUUCCACUUCCUAUCCCCACGCCACAUCUGUCCAUGGCCUCCUCUUCUGCCAAAUUGAGGCUGGAUGCAGAUUGGAUGAACACCACCUCGUAUUCCGCCUUGGUGGUCUCCAAACUGAUGGCAGGAACAUUGAUUUCUCUAACUUCUGGUAACCACUCCCCUCUGCCCCCCCUUCCAUGUUUUUUCCUCUUCCCACAGGUCCCAUCUUUCCCCUCCCCCCACCCUCUCCAUCUGCCCGUCACCCACACACUCCUCCCACCGGUUCCCCCCCCCACCACCUUCCCUUUAUUCCAUGGUCCACCGUCCUCUCCUAUCAGAUUCCAUCUUCUUCAAUCCUUUCUCACUUCUGCCUAUCACCUCUAAGCUGCUUACAUCAUUCCCACUCUCCCCCCCUCCCCCCCACCUGCCUAUCACACUCCCCCCUCACCUGGAUCCACCUAUCACCUGCCAGCUCUUGCUCCGCCCCUUUUUAUACUGGCUCUCUCUCCUCUUUCUUUCCAAUCCUCGACCCGAAACGUCGACUGUCCAUCUCCCUCCAUAGAUGCUGCCUGACCCACUGAGUUCCUCCAGCAUCUUGUGUGUUGCUAUAGAUAGGUUAUGCGAAUGGGCAAGAAAUUGGAGUAUAAAAGUGGAAAAUCUGAGGUUAUCCACUUUGAAACGAUGAAGAAGCAAAUUUUAUUUAAGUGGAGAGAUACUGCAAAAUGUUGAUGUACAAAGGACUCUGGAGGUUCUAAUACAUGAAACAUAAAAAGUUAGCAAGAAAUAACGAAGAUUAAUGGAAUAUUGGCCUUUAUUUCAAGGGGUAAAAAGCAGGGAAAUUCUGAUGCAGCUUUACAGAGAUCUUGCCUGGAGUACAUACUUAAGGAAGGAGGCAGUGCAGGGAAGGUUCACCAGGUCGAUUCUUGGAUGAAGGAGGUGAUGCAUGGAAAAGGGCUUGCCCCAUACUCAGUUCGGUGGCGUGCAGGUUCUGGGUGAGAUUGACAGGGUGGAUGCCGAGAGGAGGUUUCCCCUCGUUGGGCUAUCUUGGACUAGGGGGGCAUCAUUUCAGAAUGAGGGAUUGCCAUUUCAGAUGGAAUGAGAAGGAAAUCGAGCUGCUGGAGGAGGAGUUUUUUUCUCCCAAAGGGUCCUGAAUCUUUGGAAUUCUCUACCCGAAAGAGUUGUGGAGGCAGAGUCUUCGUAUAUCGGUUUAUUAUUGUCAUGUGUACUGCGAUACAGUGAAAAACUUCUUGUUUGCAUGCUAUCCAAACAGAUCAUGGCAUAUACAAGUAGAUCGAGGUAGUAAAUGAAAACAGAAUGCAGAAUAUAGUGUUACAGUCACAGAGAAAGUGCAGUGCAGGUAGACAAUAAGGUGCAAGGGCUAUGAUGAGGUAGAUUGGAAGAUCAAGACUUCAUCUGUAGCAUAUGAGAGGUCAGUUCAAGAGUCUGAUAACAGCGGGAUUGAGUCUGGUGGUACGUGCUUUCAAAAUUUUACAUUUUAUAUUCAAGACAGAUUUAAACUGAAGGAAGCAGAGGGAUAUGGAGAAAGAGCAGGGGCAUAGUGUUGAGGACAAGAUUGGGAUCAUCCAUGACCUUUUUGAAUGGCGGGCUAGGCUCAAGAGGCUGAGUGACUGACUCCUGCUCCAACUUCUUAGCCUCUCAUGUUGUCCCAUGACACUUGCCCAUCAGUUCCUGUUGUUUGUAUUUUCACAAAGUCAAAAACGCCCAGAUUCUGGUUGAGAAAACUAAUUUCUAAAGCCAAGCUGUGGCUGAUCCAUGUAAGUGGAAUCAGUGGAUGAGACACAUUACGGAAUACCCGGCCUCUGAAUCAAACUGGCUUUUAUACAACUGGUCCUGUUCAACACUGGGUCAGUGAAGAGCCACCAAUAUUAACUCUCAUGGAAGUCCAUUGAUCCCUAAUUAAUAAAUUACAUUGGUCUUUAAAGCUGCAAUAUUUUAUAGCAGAUGUUUUCUUUAAUGAUUCCACACAUUUUUCCAGCUUAUAAAUCAUUUAAUAAAUGUUAACAUAAAAAGUGAGAAGAUUUAGAUCCAAACAAGUGCCUGGAAUACUGCAGCUCACUUCCAGAUGAAGUCUUCUGUUCAUCUAUAUCUAUUCUCAGAGCUUUGCUUUAGCAAGAAUAGUUUACUGCUAUAACCCUCUUGUUCUUUCAAACUGUGUGUUUUUUUAAUUUUCAAAUAUUAAUUAUUCAAUAACAUACAAAGACUUUGAUAGGUUUCUGGCAUGUAAAUUUUAUUAAACAAUAUUUGUGAUGAUAAUAGUAACUAUGAGCAACAUAUUUUACUAUAAUAAAUUGCAGCUUUAAGCCCCUCUUUCGUAGCCAUUGAUACACAAAGCUUUCUCACACACUUUUGUCUUCCGCUUCUUUGCAGGGAUCUGUGUACACUGCGGUGCAGUUUAAACGCAUUUCUUGCAGAAAAGCAAACGUUGUAGGCAUUGUUUACUCUAAAAAAAUAAAUGGA